AUGAGCAACACAAACCACAAACGCGUCCGCUGUAGGUAUAUGAAUACGCAGUGUGACGUCCAAGCGUACUCGCUUGCACUUUUAUCUCCCUAUUGUCGAAUCACUGUGACAAAACCUCGGCGAAAAACAACGAUAACAAGCGAAUUCAUCAAAGUCGUCACGCUGACUUUCGACAACGAAGAAUCGAUCGACGUGACACGGUUUCUCAAGCGGCGCGAGAACGAAAAAGUCGAGAAAAUGUUACGGGAAGGAGUCUCGAAAGAAAAGGCACUGCGGAAGAUGCAAGACAUUCGGAGGCAAGAGGCCGUUUACCUCCUUUUAGACAUUUUACACCAAUACAACACAUAUUUCAUCUUCGAGAAAGAAGAAAGCGCGGGCUAUGAUGGGAGAGUCACGUUAGUAAUGGACGGACGAGGGGAAACUGUCAACAAAAAAAUGGAAAGGGCUGCGUGCAAAAUUCGGGAGUGUGUAAAAAGUAAGUUACUAACGGUGUCGAGGGCAGUUUUCGAAAUUGGCGAGCUUGUCAAAUUUCUCGAAUGA